UUGGAGAAGCGCCAACUUCUUUCGAUAAAACGACUCAAACUGCUGAUUCUUCCUCUGUCAUGUUCUUGAAACUAUUUAUCCAACGCCAUUACAGCUCUGUUACUUCCCUCACAAAUCCUCCUUCCAAAGAAUCCGAAAUAAUCCAACUUUGCAGGUCAGGUUUGCUAUCCCAAGCUCUAAACCUUCUCAGCACCAUAAACAAAAUCUCCUCAAAACCAAUAUUAUACGCCACAUUAAUACAAGCAUGUACAAAAGCUCAUUCAUUCAAUCACGGGCUUCAAUUCCAUGCCCACGUCAUCAAAACGGGCAUCGAAAAUGACCGUUUUGUCGGGAACAGCUUGCUUGCUUUGUAUUUCAAAUUGGGUCCCACUUUUUCGGAGACUCGUAGGUUCUUUGAUGGCAUGUUGUACAAGGAUGUUGUUGCUUGGUCUUCGAUGAUAACUGGGUAUGUUCAAUUAGGAAAGCCCAAUGUUUCAUUGAAGUUGUAUGGGGAAAUGAUCGGUUUGGGUUUUGAGCCAAAUGGGUUCACUUUAUCUGCUGUGAUUAAAGCUUGUUCUGAAAUUGGGAUUUUGAAAUUGGGCCGUGGGUUUCAUGGUGUUGUGAUUACCCGUGGAUUUUAUGAGAAUAAUGUGAUUGUGAGUGCGUUGAUUGAUAUGUAUGGUAAGAGUUAUUGUUCUGUUGAUGCAGUUAAACUGUUUGAGGAAUUGCCUGAACCAGAUGCUGUUUGUUGGACUUCGGUUAUUUCGGGUCUUACGAGGUGUGAAUUGCAUGAGGAGGCUUUGAGGUUGUUUUAUUUAAUGCAUAGGAAGAAUGGGUUGUCACCGGAUUUGUUUAUGUUUGGGAGUGUUUUGACUGCAUUGGGUAAUUCGGGUAGGUCGAGGCAAGGUAGAGAAGUUCAUGCUAAGAUUGUGACAAGUGGACUUUGUGGGAAUGUUGUUGUUGAUAGUAGUUUAGUUGAUAUGUAUGCAAAAUGUGGGCUGGUUGAUGAGUCUCAGCGUGUUUUUGACCAAAUGGCUAAGAGGAAUUUUGUGUCAUGGUGUGCGUUGAUGGGCGGAUACUGUCAAAAGGGUGACUUUGACGCUGUAAUUGAGCUUUUUAGGAUGAUGGGGGAAGUUGAUCUUUAUAGCUUUGGAACUGUUCUUCGUGCUUGUGCAGGGUUGGUAGCUUUGAAGUCGGGGAAGGAAGUUCACUGCCAGUAUUUGAGGAGAGGUGGCGGGAGCGAUGUUAUUGUGGAAUCAGCUCUUGUUGAUCUCUAUGCAAAAUGUGGCUUUGAUAAUUAUGCCUAUGUCAUUUUUUGCCAAAUGAAGGUUAGGAAUUCGGUUACUUGGAACUCAAUGAUAUCUGGAUUUGCUCAGAAUGGGAAAGGUGCGGAAGCCAUUGCAGUAUUCGAGGAGAUGAUUAGUGAAGGGGUCAAACCAGAUUAUAUCAGCUUUAUCGGGGUUCUUUUUGCUUGCAGUCACAGUGGUAUGGUUGACGAAGGGCGAAAAUAUUUUCUCUCAAUGAUUAAUGAGUAUGGUAUCAAACCUCAUAUUGAGCAUUUUAGUUGCAUGGUUGAUCUUCUAGGUCGGGUUGGAGAGGUAGAAGAAGCUGAAAGUUUGAUUCUUGGUGCAGAAUUCAGAAAUGAUUCUUCCCUUUGGGCUACCUUACUUGGUGCUUGUACUAGUAGUACAAAUCCUACUGUUGCAGAGCGUAUUGCAAAGAAAAUGAUGGAAUUAAAUCCUGAUUAUCAUUUGAGUUAUGUUCUUCUAGCAAAUGUGUACAGAGCAGUAGGUCGGUGGGCUGAUGCUCUUGAGAUUCGGCGGCAGAUGCAAGAAAAAAGAGUGAAUAAGAUAACCGGGAAGAGCUGGAUUUAAAACGAAUACUAACAGCUUAUGGCCUUUUCAGUGAAGAACUCUAUCAGGUUGCCCCUACAAAGACUUUCCUGAAAGCGCUCAAGAUGAUAUCACGGAUACAUGAUAGCACAUUUAUCAAUUUUACUCCUUUCAGGAUGACCCUUGUUACAAACUGCAACUUGUAGUCCUCGCUUAUAUGUAUUCCUUGGACUGGGGUAAGCAUGCAGUAUGAAGACCAAUUGUCAGAGUAUCCAGCAUAAGCAUUAUAGACGUGUAUAGCGGACACGUCACUGGAUAUAGAGAUUUAUCAACCCAUAAUAUUGAUAGCCUUAAGGUUUCCUAAUAGUUCAAAAUGUAGGACCUGACACAUCUUGAUCUGAGUCUUUUAGGAAAGGAAGAGUUACUAGUGACACAAGCCUUUCGAUAACACGAGUGACCAAAAUCGCGAGAAUGCUUUCAGCUAUGUGCAACAUUGUAGAAAUAGAAUUGUCGAAUUCUUUGAGAUUAUUUAUAAACAUUGACAGCAGAAAAAAAAAGCUGAUUUUUUCAAAGCUUUCUUCCCUUUUUAUUCCGCUGGUUUCAGGAUGAGAGAUUUAGUUGAACUUAUCCUGUUACAUCUUGAAAUUGUAUUGUCAAUCACUAUGAAAUUUAUCAGAGUUUCAAAGCUGAUACUUUUAUUAGGUUGCAUCUCUUCUUUCCCCAUAUUAACUGAAAAUGAAUUUAUACAAGACCAAACUAUAAUGGGCACCCUGUUCUUGAAGGAUAAAAAGAGCAAACUGCAGCUUGUUGAAAAGUGCUACUAACUAAUUAUUACCAGGUGCUGAUUUAAAUGGAAUCUAUAGAUCCCGUUUAGCUACUUUUUUU